UAUAAACACUACCGCGGAGAGCGCAAAACCGUGACGAGAAUACAGAGAGAUAGUACGAUGAUGAACAUCUUAUGGACUAUUAAACGACGGACAACAUAGUCCUUCCAUGAACUGUGUACGAUUGAGGCGGUGGCUAACCACGGAUAUUUAUUGCACGCUGAACUCUCAGGGAGGAAUCUGUGGAACUCCAACACACAUCUGAAACACUGACAGCGGAAUUCUCUGUUUACGACUUGGUGUUAGAUAAAACAUCACAGGGAUGGCAUCACCCUUUGUGCCUGUACCUGUGCCCCUGGACCGAGGUUUGUCAAGUAGAACCAACAAGCGGCGGCAACCGCAGCGGACUUCAUCAGUAGGCAGCAUUUCCAGCUGCUCGGAGUCAUCUUCUCCAAUCAUCAGAGAUGCUGGUGAAGUUCACAUUAGAGGAUGUUCAAGGUUUGACUCUCCACAGCAGGAUUAUUGCAGUGACAGAGGUAGCCGUAGUCAGACCCCACCUCCCUUCCAGAGUCCUGUGGCUCAGGCCCAUUUUAAUGGGAGUCUUGACUCCUCAGUGGGGUAUGCCAGUUGCCCUCGCUCAGUAUCAGAUCCUGCUGCCAGCCUGAAACAUGAAGAAGAGGAGAGACCCAUCACUCCUACAGUCCUGGGAUAUGAAGUCAUGGAGGAGAGGGCGAAAUUCACGGUUUAUAAGAUCCUGGUCAAAAAGACUUUAGAUGAGAGCUGGGUGGUGUUUAGAAGAUACGCCGACUUCUCCAGACUGAACGACAAGCUCAAAGAAAUGUUUCCUGGUUUCCGCCUCUCGCUGCCCCCCAAACGCUGGUUCAAAGACAACUAUGACAGCGACUUUCUGGAAGACCGACAGCUUGGACUACAGGCUUUUUUACAAAAUCUUGUUGCACACAAAGACAUUGCAAACUGUGUGGCGGUGAGAGAGUUUUUAUGUCUUGAUGAUCCUCCUGGGCCCUUCGACAGUCUGGAGGAGAGCAGGGCCUUUUGCGAGACCCUAGAGGAGAGCAACUACCGUCUACAGAAAGACUUGCUGGAAAAGCAGAAAGAAAUUGCCUCUUUAAAGAAAAGACUGGAAGAGCGGGAGCAGACCAUCCUUCUCCUGGAGAAACACAUCAAUGGCGAGUGCGCAAGUCCAGAGUCCCCAUGUGGCCUGUCAGCUCAGGGCAGUGAGAGCAGCGCUGACGUCGAGUCUUCAGCUGCUGAGGCUGACCAGGAGAUGACAGAUGACGGUGGCGCUGCUCCAAACUGAAAACGGCUCAUGUGAGGUACCUGAUUCACCGGUGUAGGCAACUUUCUGGUGUCUCUCUUUUGUAAUUUUCUGUCCAAUAACCUGCAUCCCUGUAUUUGCUGCUGCACGGUCGUGGACUUGUCUUCAGUCUGUAUAACUCAGUGUCAUGUGGGUUCUGAUUCUUUGGUAGUGUUCCAUCACAAGCAAAUUUGCUCUAAAUCCUUUUUUCUUGAGUCAAAGAUGAGAUGUUAACACUUUGGAAAUAACAUGAAAACAUUAUGAGGAGCAAGUUUUCAACCUCGAAAAGGGAAGGCUGAUAUCUGGAGGUCUUGUUCACAAGUGACAGAUCAAGUGUUUACCUUUUUUUAUUGGGUCACUCGUUUACAGAUUGCUCUUUGACAUUUUCAAUUUAACUAGAUGUUCCAUAAUGAUUAAGGAAGAAUCACAACCUCUUCAUGUCUUUGCAAACAAGAUGUUUAUGUGGGGUCGAGUCACUUUCAUUUCACUUUAAGAGGCAUUGUUUUCAUGAUGUUUUGAAACUGACACCUAGUUAAUACCUUGCUGUCUCUUGUUCUUCAUUACAUCUCAUGACAUUAAAAGCACAGUUUACUUUGGAAAUAAUGCUCAGCUCUGUUCCACUGACAGUCAUGUAGUGAAUGCCAAGUUUAAGGAAUAAAAAGAACAAACAGAAAAAUGUCGGAGAACCUCACUAUCACUCUCACAUGUAAAUGAUAUAUGCAAAUAUAUAUGUACUUAAAAGCGCACACACACACAAAAUAUCUGAUUAUCAGAUCGAGACACAAACAAAACAGACAAAAAAAACUAGACAAAAUAACAUAUACUGUAAAAGACACAGACUUAGUACAUGAAACGUGCAUGUGGUCACAAAAUAAAUGAAAAGCAUUCUGGGACAGUAGACUUCCAUUUCCCACCUAUUUUUACUGUCCGCCAUUUAAGCUUGAUCGGCUGUUGUUCUCUAAUAUGAUCGCACAUUGAACCAUGUCAGGAACUGCCGUGUUCAAGUGGUGUGGAAACAUCCAAGUUCCUGAGUUGGCAAGCUUCGAGCACUCUUUUUUUUAGUCCCCGGAAAACAAUGUAAACAGCAACACAUUUAGGCCCACAACAGCCACAUGGAAGUUGUUUGACUUAUUUGAUGGUUGAGACAGAGAGUGAGAGAGCAGAAGCCAAACACAGUCAGUGAUGAGUCUGUCAAAAGAUUCCACCACCAAAAUCAUAUAAUCUCUUCCUCAUGUAUCAAGUCUUUAGACCGAUAAACUUCCUUGGUUAAGCAAGUUGACAUUUUGUUAAUUUUUUAUUUUUGUCUGUUGACAUUUUUAGUGUAAAAUGUUGAGUCUUUUCAUGUGUUUUGUAUUAUACGUUUUUGCUUUCAGUUUUAUUUUCAAUUUUUUUCCAAUCCAAAUGUGUAACUCAAAUACCAGCACUAUUUUGCAGUGUGUCACUUCAACCGCUAAUGGAAAACUUAAGCAAGUGAAAAAAAACAGUUUGGAGGCUUCGACAGUAAAACUAGUACGGCCUCUCAACUUUUAUUGCCUCGCUUGUCAUCACAUAUCCACACGAUGAUCUGAGUGAAUUGAAAGUGGCUCGGCCCCAAAUAUAUGUUUUUGCCUGUGAUUUUUGUCAACUGUUUUGACUAACACAAACUUCCUGUGUAACCUUUCUUCUCUUAUCAUGUGGGUAGGAUUUCACUUCUCCCUCUGAUCUCAACCUCCUUAUCUUGUAAUUGAGUAUCAAAAACAUGAACAUUCACGCCAGCGUCAGCAGAGGUGCGAUUACAUUGCGCUACAUUAUGUGUGUGGGGGAUGUGACGUUUGACGCAGAUGUAAUACGUUUCUAUGGACACGUCAGGCGACAUUUUUGGCGUAAAAGUUAAAAUAUCCUGGCGGUUGUUCGUCUACAUGACAAAGAAGCGAAAUGGCAGAGAAUAGUGAGUACAUCCUUCACAUUUUUAUAAAUAUUUUAUUGUGUCCUUUCAUGGGUCAGUACUGAAGAUAUGACACUUUGACACAAUUUAAAGUAGAUGGUGUACAGCAUGGAUAACGGUGUAAAUUUGCUGCUCUCCUUAAAGUGUCUAAACUGUUGCCCACCAAAGUCUAGUUCACAAGUGCCCAAACUGUGCCCACGUAGCCAUUUUCCCUCCCCGGUGUCAUGUGACUCAUGAGCGUUUCAAGGUCUGAGGCGUGAAUGCAAGUGUGUUAAAUGUGUUGUUGCUCUCAUUCUGGUCACUGGGAGUUCAACAUGACACCUGGGGGCAAAGAACUCCGUUAUGGAAAAAACAAUCGCUCUACCUGAUGAUGGACUAGGCGAUAAGAAGAGGAAACGGGUUCCCCUCAGAUCAGGCCGUGCCAUGUCUUCUCACCCGCCCAUCCGAUUGAUUUUGAUGCGUCUUGAGUGAGAUGGGAAACAACAACUCGCCAAAUUGUGUUUGGUUGAAUGCACUUCUAUUCUUUUUUUUUUUUUUUUUUUUAAAUAAACUGCCUGUUUUCUUUGGCAUUUUAUCACCUAAGUGGGAAUACAACAAAAGAAAAAAAACUGUAGACAGCAACUGUUUGGACACCAAACGAUGGACGUGAGACGAGAGACCUUUGAUCCUAAACCGCCCGACCUUCCUGAACACACAGCAGUGCAUGUUUUAAUGGCCAUUUAUACAAUGAAUAGUACUGAUGUGAACCCACACCCACAUCUUCAUCCGGUCGUGUUUGAGAAAACAUUGGUUGCCUCUGUGUUCAGACGAGGAGGAAGUUUUCCGAAUAAUAAAAAGGAAGAAAUGUGGUCAGGUCGAACAUCAAAGCAAAAGUCCGGGAUAGAAAUGUCAUCAGUUGCUCUUCACGAUUCAUAUUCCACUGCUGUUUGGACUCCGUAACCCUGGACAUCUGUCCUUCCAGAUGACCUAAAAGUUCCACCUGCAUGUUCGUGUGCCUCAUUACCUCUUGGAAAGCGCCUGGCUUUUCUCACCUGGUGUUUUCGUCCUUUGUCCGUAAUGAGCCAGUCCCUCAGCCCCUCCUCUCAUGCCAUCCUCCUUCUCUUCGUCUAGCGGCAGCUGUGAAGUCCAGCUGGUGAGAUCCUCGGUGUGUUGGUGCGGGCCGUCACUCAGCGUCUCUCCUCCGGUCAUCCAGGUCACUCAACUGGCCCACCAGAAGCUGGAUCAGUAACCGCGCUUCCCGGUCACCACGCCCCUCCCAGGCUUUAUCCAAAGCCUUUUUUUCAUUUUCUUCCAAAUCAUCCCGAAGUGUCGCAGCAGGUCUUAACAGAUGAUGAUGAUCCGCCUCCUUCUGGACGACCCUCGCUGAGACUAUCCUUGUUCACCAAGUCCUUGUACCGGACUCGGACCUUAAAUCAACAUUUGGCUUCCAGACCAAAAAUAAGACUCAGGAGAUCAAUGUGUGAUCACUUGGGCAGCAGAUAUUCUUCAGUAUUUGUUGCUGAAGCGAGAGGCGCUCUGUACAGUUGCGCCAGUUUUAAAUCCAAGUGCGUCCGCCUGCCAGCACACCUGGGCUGUACAUUAGUCCUUUUUUUAAUGGGAAUUAUGAUGUUCCAUUUUUAUUGCAUCUGUUGAUCUGUGUUUACGGUCGUUUGUUUGUGAUAAUAUGUUGCGCACUUUCUCCCAAUUAUCAAAUAUGAAGGAAACACGAUGGUUUCAUUAAGACUCCUGGAGAUGGCGAGCGCACUCAUAUCGACUAUUGAAGUCGUGUCGCUUUUAAAUUCACUCAUUCCGCUUUUAAAUGGUGAAAUGUGAGGCGGGUUUCAAUUCAACUGCUGCGUGAAAUCCUAACAAGACCUGGAAUUCACAUGAAAAACUUGGUGUUAAGACAAUCGUUUUUUUUCUCCAUUCACGACUGGAAUGGAGCUGGAAAUAAUGGGCGACAAAUGUUGCCCUCUUCCUGGGCCGAGUAUCAUUAUUGAGUAAACCUCAGUGCAGAAAUACUUGAAUUAAAAUCUGCUAUUUAGUAACACGUCUCCGACUCGGUAGACGGUUGCAUUUCUGCUCUUUGGUGAUAGCAUCUUAGUGAGCAGCUAGUGAGCAGCAGAUUGAGCUGUUGACUAACACAAGCUCGUGUUUGGACCGACUUUUUUUCCUUGUGGUUUACUUGCUUUUUCAGCUUCAUUUUUCAGCAGAGUAAAUAAGCUUUCCACCCUGCUGUAGUGCUGUCGGUGAGCUAAACAAUCGCUACAACAGUGAAUAUGACUUAUUUGUAAUAUUAUAUUUCUGUUGCUUCUUCAUUUCAAACCUCUUCUUCCAAAAAUGGCUGUUGAAGGGCAAGUCAGCGUCAGUCCUUCUCUUUGCUUUGCCUCUUGUGCAAAGCCUUUUUCGACUUGCUUGAGCAGCUCGACGAUAAAACAAACAUCACAGUGGAGGAUUUAUUGUUUUGAAAGCCAUUUAUUGAAGCGUGACGCCUAAAGAUCUUGUAUUGUUUUCCCACACAAAAGAAAAACAAGCCAUGGAAUCAUUGUGAUGAGUUUGUGCUCAGCUUUUGAGAUUUAAAAAAUGGAGCCGGGCGGACGGUCAUCAAAACAGGUGGGCGUCAGUGGAGGCGGUUAGGCUUUGGCAAUCCGCUUCAAUGUGCUGCACUUUUUAUUUAUUUGACAUCACGGUGAAUAUUUGUUUUCUCUCCCGUAGUGAUGUCAGACUGCUAAUGAAGCUGCAUGAAGGCCAACGGGCGUCUUAACUUAGUGAAAGCAGAGCAAAGACGAUAAGCCACGCUCAACCCUUUUUUAUUUCAAGCUUGAAGCUGUAAAGCUUGAAUCCAUGUAAACACUGACUGACACGGAACUCUUGUGAAAGCCAUAUUUGAAAUCUCAGUCUCGGAUAAACUAUAGUAACCUGUGCAGGUGACUGUUCCCAAACUUGUGAAGCACUUUAGGGAUGAAUGACUCUGUUUUGUCGUCAGAGAAAAGUGCCUUCACCUUCUCUGAGUUGUCUCAUUGUGUAGUUUAUGUCAUGUACAUUUCAAGUGCCUUUACUAUAUGUCACUUCAUUCGUGGUGUCGCGGUGGCUUUGUGUGUGUAACUGUUGAUUUAGGACCUUGAAAUAGCUUCACCACUGACCUCGUGAAGGAAAACUAAAUUACACUCAUGUUGUUUGAUGCCUGAAAUGAAGAGCUUAGACACUUCCAGUUACGUGAUACUGUUCCUCUUUGCACACAGCUGGAGCUCUGCUGGAUUCCUUAAAAUUGUUCUCUGGAUUAAAUAUUAUGUAUUUGCGGUGAAGUUGGGCUGUUCCAGGUGGCCCCUUUAAAGCUGGAUUUUCUUCUGAAAAUGUAAUAAAUUCCUACCA